ACCGUUUUGGGCACCAGACAGGCAGGCUCUGGGGUAGGGGAGAGACGGAAGAGAGGGUGGGGGGAUAAAGUUCUGUGGGGGCUGGGAAGUGAGGGGAGUGAGAGGUGUGGCAUCUGGGGGGGGGAGCGUUGGGGGAGUGGGAGAGAGAGCAGCAGGAGGCACAGGGCCAGCCACAGCCAGGUCUGUGGUGGAGAGGGACCCCUGCCCCAGGACUCCCAGGGUCCCCAGCCACGACACGGCCCAGCCAUGUCUAAAGGAGGUGAGGCUCCGGACGGUGGCGAACACCCGCGCUUCUUCGUAGGCUGCGACGACAACGAGGGCGAGGAGCUGCUGGACCCCGGGCGGGUCAUGGGCUACGACUGCCUCUACGAGAAUGUGGAAGAAGAGGAGGAGGAGGAGGAGGACGACGAGGAGGACGACGAGAUGUAUGAUUCGCCUCCUGAGAGGCAGAUCGUGGUGGGCAUCUGUGCCAUGUCCAAGAAGUCCAAGUCCAAGCCCAUGAAGGAGAUCCUGGAGCGCCUCUGUCUGUUCAAGUACAUCACGGUGGUGACCAUCGAGGAGGAGGUCAUCCUCAACGAGCCCGUGGACAACUGGCCACUCUGCGACUGCCUCAUCUCAUUUCACUCCAAAGGUUUUCCAUUGGACAAAGCAGUGGCCUAUGAGAAACUCAGAAACCCGUUUGUUAUCAACGAUCUGGAUCUCCAGUACUACAUCCAAGACAGGAGGGAGGUGUACCGGAUCCUGAAGAACCAGGGUAUCCUACUCCCACGCUACGCCGUUCUCAACAGAGACCCUGCAAGACCAGAGGAGUGUAACCUGGUAGAGGGGGAGGACCACGUGGAGGUGAACGGUGAAGUGUUCCAGAAGCCCUUUGUGGAGAAGCCUGUGAGCGCCGAGGACCACAACGUCUACAUCUAUUACCCCACGUCGGCCGGAGGGGGCAGCCAGAGGCUCUUCCGCAAGAUUGGAAGCAGAAGUAGUGUUUAUUCGCCCGAGAGUAAUGUGCGAAAAACUGGAUCCUACAUUUAUGAAGAGUUCAUGCCAACGGAUGGAACAGAUGUAAAGGUGUACACAGUGGGGCCUGACUACGCCCACGCGGAGGCCAGGAAGUCCCCGGCCCUGGACGGCAAGGUGGAGCGGGACAGUGAGGGCAAGGAGGUGCGCUACCCUGUCAUCCUCAAUGCCCGCGAGAAGCUCAUCGCCUGGAAGGUCUGUCUGGCCUUCAAGCAAACGGUCUGUGGUUUCGACUUGCUACGCGCCAACGGCCAGUCGUACGUGUGCGAUGUCAAUGGCUUCAGCUUCGUGAAGAACUCCAUGAAGUACUAUGAUGACUGUGCAAAAAUACUGGGAAACAUCAUCAUGAGAGAGCUGGCUCCCCAGUUUUCUAUCCCAUGGUCCAUACCUCUGGAGGCUGAAGAUAUCCCCAUCGUCCCCACCACCUCUGGAACCAUGAUGGAGCUACGGUGUGUUAUCGCUGUGAUUCGUCAUGGCGACAGAACUCCCAAACAGAAAAUGAAAAUGGAGGUUCGUCACCAGAGGUUUUUUGAUCUAUUUGAAAAAUGUGGCGGGUACAAAAACAAAAAACUAAAGUUGAAAAAGCCAAAGCAAUUACAGGAAGUCCUUGAUAUCGCCAGACAACUCCUGGUCGAAAUCGGACAGAACAACGAUUCCGAAAUCGAAGAAUCUAAAGCAAAACUUGAACAACUGAAAACAGUCCUUGAAAUGUAUGGGCAUUUUUCUGGCAUCAAUCGCAAGGUUCAGAUGACCUACCUUCCACAUGGGUGCCCCAAAACAUCCAGUGAGGAAGAAGACGUGCGUAGGGAUGACCCCUCUCUGCUGCUGGUGUUGAAGUGGGGCGGGGAGCUGACCCCGGCAGGUAGGGUACAGGCUGAGGAGCUGGGGAGGGCCUUCCGCUGUAUGUACCCUGGAGGACAAGGCGACUACGCAGGGUUCCCAGGGUGUGGCCUGCUGCGUCUCCACAGCACCUACAGACACGACCUGAAGAUCUACGCCUCCGACGAGGGACGUGUUCAGAUGACCGCCGCUGCCUUCGCUAAGGGUCUGCUGGCACUGGAGGGCGAGCUGACGCCAAUCCUGGUGCAGAUGGUGAAGAGUGCCAACAUGAACGGGCUACUGGACAGCGACAGCGACUCUCUCAGCAGCUGCCAGCAGCGCGUCAAGGCCCGCCUCCACGAGAUCCUGCAGAGAGACAGGGACUUCACCGCCGAAGAUUACGAGAAGCUGGCACCCACCACCAGCUCCUCCUUGAUCAAGUCCAUGCAGAUGAUCAAGAACCCGGUGAAGACGUGUGACAAGGUGUACGCCCUAAUCCAGAGCCUCACUCUGCAGAUCAGACAGAGGAUGGAGGAGCCCAAGUCAGCUGACAUCCAGCUGUACCACAGCGAGACCCUGGACCUGAUGCUGCGGCGCUGGGCCAAACUGGAGAAAGACUUCCGGAUGAAGAACGGUCGCUACAACAUCAGCAAGAUCCCGGACAUCUACGACUGCAUCAAGUACGACGUCCAGCACAACAGCUCCCUCAACCUGACCAACACCAUGGAGAUCUACCGCCUGUCCAAGGCCCUGGCCGACAUCGUCAUUCCACAGGAGUAUGGUAUCGCUCAACCUGAGAAGCUAGAUAUCGCCAAGGGCUACUGCACCCCCCUCAUUCGCAAGAUCCGCUCCGACCUGCAGAGGACACAGGACGACGACACCGUCAACAAACUGCACCCUGUGUACUCCCGUGGGGUGAUGUCCCCAGAGCGCCAUGUCAGGACCAGGCUGUACUUCACCAGUGAGAGCCACGUGCACUCCCUGCUCUCCAUCCUCCGCUACGGAGCCUUCUGUGACGAGACCAAAGAUGACCAAUGGAAGAGGGCCAUGGAGUACCUCAAGGUGGUCAGCGAGCUCAACUACAUGACACAGAUUGUAAUCAUGCUUUACGAGGACCCUAACAAGGACCCCUCGUCUGAGGAGCGCUUCCACGUGGAGCUGCAUUUCAGCCCGGGAGCCAAGGGCUGUGAGGACGACAAGAACCUACCCUCUGGGUUCGGCUAUAGACCAGCCUCUCGAGAGAACGAGGGAUCAAAGAAGAAGUCUAAGGAAGACAACGACGAGGAGUCGGCCGCCGCCAAGCGGGACGAGCCGGACCGAGCAGCCCUAAUGAUGUUCAGGCCCCUGGUGUCUGAACCCAUCUACAUCAACAGGAAGUGCCCGCUGCCCCGCUCCAAAAAGAUUGGCUCUGUGGAAUCCCCAUUGCAGCCAGACUUUAUCAAGACCGCAGCCGGCAAAGAAGAGAGCCCCCUGAGUGUGUCUAACCCUGACUCUAUUGGUAACUGGCUUCAUUACACCUGUGGUGUUGGUACUGGGCGUCGAAGACGCAGAUCAGGGGACCAAAUCACUUCCUCCCCUGUCUCCCCCAAAUCACUGGCUUUCACAUCCAGUAUUUUUGGCUCAUGGCAACAGGUUCUGUCAGAGAACAAUGCCCAUGCACAGCGACCUGGUAGACUAUACUCUGAACACAAACUCACCCCGGGAGUAGGGUCUCAUUGCGCUGGUCUCUUUAGCACCAUGGUGCUCGGGGCUUCCUCCAGUGCUCCUAACCUACAAGAUUAUGCUCGCGUGCACCGUAAAAAGCUGACUUCUUCUGGCUUCUUAGAUGAGGCCACGCGUGGGUCUGCUGUAAAACGAUUUUCUAUCUCAUUUGCGCGACACCCGACCAAUGUCUUUUCCAGUAUGUUCUGUGGUUUUGAGUUGUACUCCAUGGUUCCGUCCAUAUGCCCCCUGGAGACCCUGCACAACUCGCUCUCGCUGAAACAGAUAGACGACUUCCUGGCUUCCAUCGCUGCAUCCCAUGAGUCACUCCUGGAGAUCUCUGCCUCCUCCCCAGCUGGGAAGAAAACUCCUUUGAACACUUACACUCCAGCAAAGAUAUUGCCCUGCCCUUUCACACAAGGCAAGAAGAAUGUGGACAAGGCUGCAACUGGGACCAGCUCAUCGCCCACCAAAGAUCCCCGGUCUGGCUCUGCCAGCCCUUCCCCAAACGCUGCAGCUGGGGAUAAAGCAUCCCAGCAGUCCCCCCCUCAGCCCACCACAGAAAGCAAAGCAGCCCUGCAACCCACCUCUGAGGACCUGGAGCCUCCUGCUGGUCUCUCAGCAACUCAACACUCCCCCAAUGACAAACUGGAGGCCUCAACCCCCGACACCGCAGGAGACAAAUGGGGCGAGCUGAGUCUGCAGCGUGAUGCCCAAAGUUGCAAAGCACCGCCACAAACCCAGAGUGGUGACAUGCCACCACAAUCCCCUGCCCCAGGUGCACCAAGUGGCAAAGUGCCAUCAAAGAACCUUACCCAAGAUAACCUGACUUGUAAAAUGUCCCCACACCCACCUUCCAAAGAAAUCCAGAGUGGUGAAGUGUUACCACAAACGUUUCCCCAGCAUACACCAAGUGGUAAAGUAACAUCACUAGACCCCACAGAAAAGGGGUCCAAGACUUCACCCCAUGACAAAGUUCACCAGGGACUUACUUCUAAAGGUACUCUUGGAGAAGGUGCCAGGUCUUUGACCACCAGCAAGGAAAGGGAGGCAAAGCUGGACUCCAAAUAAACAAAUGUUCUGUUCAAGGUCAAAACAGUGUUGCAAUUGUUACACAAUUAGGAUUAGAUUAACCAUAUUUUGAGAUUCCUGAUUUCUCAGAAAUCACAUAUAAUCUCCGUCUAGACUAGGGAUAUUUGUUACAAAAUGCUGUUACUCUUAGCUGAACUUGCAACAUGGUCAUUUCAUGAAGUUCCAACGUUUCCGGAGGGUGUCACUAUUGCACAGUGUGUGUAAAAGGCACACUUACCCUAAGACAUGCAAUGUGUUUGUGAUUGUCUUGCUACUGUAUGACUGCUUCCCAUUUGAUUCACCCGUUGCUUAGCGUCUUGUACAUUUGAAUGUAAUGCAGAUGUACAGUGUAGAAUUUAAAUGUUGAAUAUCCUGCUGCCCACAUCUCGCUGGAUUCCAGAACUGAGACUAAUGGAAUGGAUGUUCUGGCUCAUCUUGAGCCUACAAGGUCCAAUAUAUAUGUUUUUAAAGAGUCAGAUAAAAUGUACUUGUUUCCUGUACAGGGUACAUAUGUUUUCCACCUAUAUUUUCAGACCUACUCUGAGCUUGCACUUCAUUUCCCAUUCAUGCAACUGGAACCGGAAGAGUCAGCCUUAUGAAUACUGUAAUGACCAUCGUUUUCACUCUUUAUUACAUUGUAAUCAAACAUAAUUGUUGUACAUAUUCAGAAUAAAUAUUCCGGGAAAAUC